AUGUCUUCGUUUGAUUCCUAUCAAAAAGAUGGCAAUGACUUUGAAUCGAUUACUCGUAUUAUGGAUGCAAGCUCAUUACUUCGAUGCCCAUUAUGUAAAAACGACAUUCAAGAUCCACGCAUACUUUGUUCAAAUGGACACACGUUUUGUCAUAAUUGCAUCACAAAUGCUUUACCGGCCGAUGGUGUUCUCAAAUGUCCUGUUUGUAAUGAAGCACGUCGUUUAUCGAGUAUUCAAGAAGUCGGACAAUUAACCAAGAAUCACACAUUAUUGACAUUAAAAAAAGCUGAACAUCAUCGUCUUGCACAGCUAGGAAUUUGUGAAUUAUGUAAUAAAAAAACAGCCUAUGGUCGAUGUUAUCACUGUCGAUCAUUAGCUUGUUUUAGUUGUAUGGAUGAACACGAGAAAACUCUUGCUAAUGAACAAGCAAAAGAAUAUGCUGACUUAGUUAAAAUACGUGAAAAUUUAACUGAAAAAUUAUCACAAUGGGAUAAUAAAUUAGAUCAAUCUAAAGAAAAUAUUCGUGAAUUAAUUCAUAAGGAUGCUGAAAAACAUAUUAAAGAAAUUCAAGAACGAGAACAAACUUUAUACAAUCAAUUAGAUGAUCUUCAUCAGAAUUAUUUGCUGACAAAAAAUACUAAAUUACAAAAAUUAAGUUCUGAUAUUGAAAAAGAUUCAAAAGAAUUAGAUAAAAUUGAUCCAAAAAAUUGGACUAUAUCAGAUAGACAACAUUUAACUCAACAUUGGCUUGAUUUACAACAGAAGUUCGAUGAUCAAUCAAUUAAUUUUAUUUAUAAAUCUAAUGCAUCAUCAACAAAUCAUACUAUGCUCGGUGAACUUCAUCUUAAAACUGCAAAUCAAGAUAAUGAACAUUUACAAAUGCAUCGUUUACAACGACAACAACUUUUAUUGAUCGAUCCGUUUGAUAAUCAUGAUGGAAUUUACCGAUCGAAUCAAAUUGUCAGUGGACGUGAAUCAAAGGCAUUAACAAGAAAACGUUUGAUUAUGAAAGAACAAAAUUCAACAGGACAUCCUAAUGCAUUUUUAACUCAAUCAAUACCAUCCUACCAUGAAAAUGAUCCUGAAGGAGGAUAUCGUGGUACAGGUUUUUCAGUUAAAUUUAAUACUAAAACUGAUGGGUCGAUAUCUCGAAAUCGUUCAAGACUUGAUGAUCAGCAUUUAGAACAAGAAGGAAAUGAAUACACUACAAGAAAAGUUCUUCGCUCACAUCAACCACCAAAUCUAUCGUUAUCAAGUGGUUUUGAACAACAAUCGCAAAUCGAAGACAAUACAAUAUUAACACCACGAAUGCCUGUAUCUCCAGUACAACUUAAUGACUACAGUAAAAAAGCAAUACAAGUUUUAGCAGGUCCCAAUGAAACGGAUAAAUUCCUUGCGCCGAAAGCUAUUGUUGUAACGGAUUCCAAUCAUUUAUUAAUUGCUGAUACAAAAAAACAUCGAAUUAUUGUUUAUGAUCUUAAUUUAGGAACAAUGCGUGGUCUAAAAGGUUUUCUUUUUCCUGACGGACUUUGUUUAGCUGGUGAACAAUUUGUGAUUAUAACAGAUCGUCAUCGAGUUUCAAAAUAUGAUUGGUUACAUGGGAAAAUGAUUAAUUUUGUGGGAAGUAAAAAAGAAGGUUGUACACGUACGUCAUUUUCAUGGCCAAAAGGUGUUGCUAUAGACAGUAAUUAUAUAUAUGUAUGUGAUUCGUAUAAUUCACGUAUGGUUGUAUUUAAUCAUCAAAUGAAAUAUGAAAAUGAAUGGAUUAUUAUGCGAGGUUCAAAAAAACUUGAUCCGCAAUAUAUUUCAAUAUCAAAUAAUUUACUCUAUGUAACAGCAUGGCAAAGAGUUAAACCUGAAUCAUGUGCUUAUAAUGCUGGAUGUAUUAUUGUUUAUGGAUUAGAUGGUAAUGCGCAACGAUUUAUUGAUACAGAUGCGCAAUCUUAUCUGAAUUUAAGCGUACCAGAAGGCAUUAUCUGUGAUAGUUCAAAUCAAUUGAUUCUUGCUGAUCGUUAUACAUCGAAAAUAUUUGCUAUGAGUGAUGGAAAUCAACAAGUUAUUCAUUUUCGUGGUGAUAGAAUGAAAGCACCACACUACGUAUGUUUUACUAAUGAUCAAAAUACGAUGAUUGUUAGUGAUGUUGGAAAUAAUACAGUACAAUUUUAUGAAAAAAACAAAUAA